AUGACGUCAAAUUGGGAGGCACCUUCUCAGAUUUUACCUCAUCUAUUUCUUGGAUCUUAUUCAUGCACUCACAACAAAGAAGAACUUAUAAAAAUUGGCAUCAAGUACAUUCUAAAUCUUACUGAUUCUCCAAAUUUGCAUCCUAAUUCUUUUAUUUAUCUUCAAUGUCCCGUCAAAGAUUCAUCUUCUGAAGAUAUUUUACCAUUGUUCGAACAAGUAUUUAAUUUUAUUGAUCAAGCUUCAUCGAAUUCAGCAUGUCUUAUUCAUUGUCAUAUGGGAGUGAGUCGAUCUCCUUCUUUUGUUUUAGCAUAUUUAAUACAUAAGAAAGAAAGAAAUCUUCGAGAAUCUUAUGAAUUAUUAAUAAAUGCUCGAAAGCAUAUAUCUCCUAAUUUUGGCUUUUUACAACAAUUGAUGGCUUUUGAAGAUUCUCUUUUUGGAAAUAUAUCAAUUUAUUUUGAUCAAGAUAUUCCUUUUGAUUGA